UUGUAAGAAGCAAUAAGACGGACACAAACAAUUGACGUGGAUCUUCAAUACGAUUGCUGGAACUGAGGCAGAGGAGCGAAAUGGUGAAGUUGUCACUGCUGCAGGAGUGCCUGUGCUGCCUCCUGGUGUCCUUCACUCUCCAGAUUCAGGUCCUGCACGCUCAAGAUGUGGUGAGCCAGUUGAAGCUUUUCCCAAAUGUGACGAUGAUCGACGCGACGUGGGAGCUGCAGGAGCCAACUGCUGAAGAUUUGAGGUACCUGGUAUCAUGGAUACCUGAUGGAGUAAGCGUCGCUACUGCAUCGUGUUACGUUGACUCGCCUGCUACCAGCACCUCGGCCUGUGAUGUGUACCCGACCUUAGACAGCUGCACUCUCUACACCGUCACGGUGCAGCCCACUGCAUUAGAUGGGGGCACUGAGGUCGACACUGGCACCCCUGCGUCCGCAGCAGACUACACCCUGCAGGAUGGUCCUGUGGCGGUCACAAAAUUUACGUGUGAUGCCCUCGGCCAGAGUAUUCCCGUUUCGUGGGAUGGCCCGGGGGCCUGCGUGGAGUACUUCGUGUCCUACACGGGGGUUGCCAUGUGGGGGGACCAGCAGACGACACACGACAACAUCACCACGAGGGAAACUUCAGUAAACUUCACGGGCCUCAUGCCUUACGCGAAUUACUCCAUCAACUUGAGCGCGCGGGACGAACCUCAUCUUGCAACCUGCGUGACUCAAACUGACGAAGCCAAGCCUUCAGCGCCACUGAACCUGACUUUCGAGGCCGUGCAGGCGACAUCCUUCACAGCGACGUGGCUGAAACCCAGACAGGAGAACGGUCUGCUUGGGGACUACCAAGUUAGGUGGUGGAGAGAGGGGGGAAAUGCAACAGUUCAGAAUGUCACUGAAACUCGGUUAGAAAUUACGGGCCUGAACGCUUGUGAUACGUACACCGUAGCUGUUGCAGCAACUACAGGCGCUGGACCUGGAGAUGAAAUUCAGUCGAACCAGGAAACUGACGUGUCAGUACCGCCAGCGGGGUCACCUCCUGAAGUAUCGUCCGUGGCAAGUCGUAGCGUCAACCUGAUGUGGACCAAACCUGCCACUAAAUGCGAGGUCGUCAACUACACCGUUGUGUACAGCGGUCUGGUCAUGUGGGGAAACCACGCAACCUUGGAGGUUAACUCUGCAUAUUCCGAGACUACGACGAUAAAUAUCGCUGGUUUGACGCCGUACAGCAACUACUCCUUCUCUGUUGUGGCGGCGACUGCAGCUGGGGCGGGGGAGCCUUCACUGCCAACUUACACCGCAACGCAGGAAGAUGUUCCCAGCGCACCAACUGAUCUCAACAUCGAAGCUCUCAACUCCACAUCAGUGCUGGUGACGUGGCAAGCUCCCGAGGAGGAGAACGGCAUCAUCACCAAUUACACGAUCCGCUGGAAGCUCGCGGGUAGCGGAAGUGAAGAAAACGAUGACCAGAUAAUUACAACGCCUGGUGACAGCUACGAGUGCGAAGUACCAGAUCUGUUCGAGUGCCAGAUCUACGACUUCUUCGUGUCGGCGUCCACCAGCCGUGGCGAGGGAGCGAGAACUUCUAUGCAAUGGAGCCCCGCUGAAGAACCAGAAGCUCCAGAAGCGUUGCUUUGCCCUCAACGAAAUGACGGCUCCAUUGAACUUUCUUGGACUGCACCAAUCACCACAUGUAACAUCACCAGAUUUAUUAUCAUCUCGGACGUAUAUGUGAGGUGGUCCGGCAAUAAAUUCAAUUCGUCGAAUUCGACUGAAGAGUCCAAAUUCAUGCUUGAAGAUCCGAUUCCGUACUCCAAUUACUCGUUUCAAGUAAAAGCCGUUGUGGAGGAAACCGUGACCGGGGCACCUGGCGCUUGCUAUGCCUGGACGGCAGAGGCGGCUCCCAGUGCACCUCAAAACUUGACAUUGUUGGCGGCGCGGAGUGACGCUCUUGUCGUUCAGUGGGACGCGCCAGCGACACUAAACGGCGUCGUGCGUUACUACUCGGUCAUAAGCAGCCGCGGCACCGACUUCGUCACCAACAAAAAUAUUACCGCUUCGGAUGAUCAAACUCGCUUCAAUUGUACCGUGGUCGGCCUCAGUGCAAGCACAGAGUACAACAUUAGUGUGCGGGCAGCCACGAAUAAAGAAGGUAAUGCUGAGGUGAAGCCAUUCAUUACUUCGCUAGAAAACGAGUCUGGAGGCGUGGCGGGCAUCGUCAUUGGCUGCCUGCUGGGGGUGGCGCUGGUCGUGGGGCUCGUGGUUGUCAUCUACAAACGUGACGACAUUCGCAAGAAGUUCUUAUCACCGCCGUCCAAUUUCUCCCAAACUCCGACUGGACACGAUGAUGUUCGAACAGGACUGCUCGACACAGUACGACAGUUCGAAGACGACCCUCAGAAGCUAACGACGGCCUUCGAGGACCUGAACGCGAGAAGCAGAGAAGCCCCAAAGAACGAAGCUUCCACCCGCAAGAAUUUAUCGAAAAAUCGUUAUACGAAUAUUGUUCCCUUCGACGACACGCGAGUUAAAUUAUACCAUGAAUGGGGUACCGACUACAUCAACGCCAGCUACGUUAAGGACGCAGUCGGCAGAGUGCGUUUCAUCGCGAGUCAGGGACCGAAGCCUGGGACAGUGUCAGAUUUCUGGCAAAUGGUCUGGCAGGAACAAGUGCGAAUUAUAGUCAUGUUGACGAACUGUUUCGAGGGCGAGAAGGAAAAAUGUUGCAUGUACUGGCCUGAGACGAGGAAGCCAACGAUCAUGGCUGACCAAUAUGUCAUGACUUUCAUGAAUGAAGAUCAAGGACCUGACUGGACUGAGCGCAGGAUCCUCCUGCAAAAUGACCCCAGCCCUGCCAGAGAGGUCGUGCAGCUGCACUUCACGUCGUGGCCCGACUUCAACGUGCCGGCGUCCGAGGCCGCUUUGCUGAGGCUCAUCAGCAGCGUCAGGGCGCGUGUCGGGGAGUCGGAGCCUCUUGCCCCCAUCCUUGUACACUGCAGUGCGGGGGUGGGCAGGACGGGCACCUUCAUCGCGCUGUGGAACCUCCAGCAGCAGCACCAGCGGGGCGCCCCCAUCGACAUCGACGCGACCAUCCUCAAGAUCAGGGAAGACAGGAACUUGCUCGUACAGUCUAAGCAACAGUACCUGUUUGUCUUCAAGUGUUUCGCCGAGUACCUGAGAUCACCCACAAGUUUCACCUCUGAAGGGAAUGUAAAUGCGGCGUUCAGCAACGACGGUGACUGGGCCGCCCUCAGGUCACACUCAUCGGAUCCAUUUAACCACUCAGCUGGUGACGCCAGAUCUAUGAAUGACUGGAGUCAGGACUCAUCUACCUCAUCUUCAGCAGUACCAACUGCUGCCCCUAAUGCCAGCAGAUAUGAAUAUGAAACUGAUGCACAAGCCAGAGUUCGGCCAAUUACAUCCGUGCCAUCCCAACCUUACAAUCCCAAUACAGAACGUCGGUACUCAAGCUACGGGGAACCGUUGACAAGCUACCCACCAUACACAGCCGUUCCUCCGUCUAACAACAGGCCUAGACCUCCUCUGAAACCCAAACCCUCAUUUGAAAAUCGUGUUUCCAAUUUAAAUAAACCUCGACCUCCUCCACGUGUUCCACCUCCCCAACCUACAGUGGGAGUUCAUCACCAGUAUGAGCCCAAUUAUCAUGAGAAUGACUUUUUGGGGGAAAGUAACUUGUGAGCGUUGAAUAAAAUGAGCUUAUUCCAGAAUGGUCAGCCUUCGAUUGAAGGGAAUAAUUAAUUUAAAUAAAAGCCUUUAAAUUUGAAGACAUAAAUAGCCACAAAAAUUUAAAAAUAAACGGAAAAAAUGUAUGUCGCCUGUGAUUUGAAUAUUUUCAGGCAGAGUCAUUACAACUAAUUCAACAUUUUUCAGUACUGAAGUGAUAAAGAGCCUGAGAAGUCAUUAAAAAUUGAAAAGCAUGAAUAAUAAUACGCGAAUAAGCUCUAAUUAAUCUAUUUUAUUAUAAACAAUGUUUUCCCUCGUAUACAUCAUCUUGAGUGAAUAAGCGACUUAUUUGCAACUGCCUUCUAACUUCACUGUUUGUUCCUGUGUAGUUCAAGAUACGAUAAUAUAUUUACGAAAAUGGUAUUGUGACGUCCUUUCCGAAAAUUUCAACUCUGUGUUCAUCGCGUUACGGGAAUUUAGUCUCCUUGACGCGUAUUACAAAUAUUAUUUUGUGGACUAUAGGUGCGCUCUGGUUAUACAACUUAUUAAAUAAAUACCCUCACUCAAAUAUAAAGGAAUUCAGUGAUAGCCCUUGUUCAAUUGUUAUAACUUUAUCCCAAUAUUAAGCUCGUAUUAUAAAUGAAUGUGGGUAUAUUUUUUAUUAAGUUGUG